CACCCUCGUUUUCGCGGGUUUGGAGUUGGACCUGUGGGUUCUCUGUCGCUGACGCCAUGUGUGCGGCUCAGAUGGCGGCGGCUGCCCAAUCGGUGUACGCCUUCUCAGCGCGGCCACUGGCCGGCGGGGAGCCCCUGAACCUGGGUUCCCUGCGCGGCAAGGUGCUGCUGAUUGAGAAUGUGGCGUCGCUCUGAGGCACUACGGUCCGGGACUACACCCAGAUGAACGAGCUGCAAGAGCGCCUCGGACCCCUGGGCCUGGUGGUACUCGGCUUCCCGUGCAACCAGUUUGGGCAUCAGGAGAAUGCCAAGAACGAAGAGAUCCUGAAUUCGCUCAAGUAUGUCCGACCGGGAGGCGGGUUCGAGCCCAACUUCAUGCUCUUUGAGAAGUGCGAGGUGAAUGGCGCCAAGGCACAUCCACUCUUUGCCUUCCUGCGGGAGGCCCUUCCUGCGCCCAGCGACGACCCUACCGCGCUCAUGACCGACCCCAAGUUCAUCACCUGGUCCCCGGUGUGCCGCAACGAUGUGGCCUGGAACUUUGAGAAGUUCCUCGUGGGCCCCGACGGCGUCCCGGUGCGUAGGUACAGCCGCCGGUUUCCCACCAUCGACAUUGAGCCUGACAUCACAGCCCUGCUGACCCAGGAGUCCCGCUGCUCCUAGGCCUUGCCCACUUCCUGGCUGCUGGGCAGUGGCCCACUGCUCUAUGGGGGUUUCAUCCAUGAGGGUGUUCCUCCUAAAACGUGCAUGGAGGAAUGCUUGAUGUCCCAGAAACCCCCAGAUGGGCAUGCUGGUCCCAUUUGUCCAGCCUCCCCUGUUUCCCUCAUUAAUAAAAUGCUGAGUGCCAGCA